AUGACGGGUGACGAAAUCGUUAAAUUAGCUGCACUUUCCUGUGCCGGUGAUGUGGACACGCGGCAUCGAGCGGAGAAGAUUAUCUUCAUUGCUGCCAUAGUAGCUAUUGUUGUUGCUGACAACAGCGACCAUGAUUACCAUUCGCAUCCCAGCUACAAGUUCGAGUAUGGAGUAAAGGAUCCUCACACCGGAGAUCAUAAGAGCCAGUGGGAACAUCGCGACGGAGAUGUCGUCAUGGGAGCGUACACUCUGGAUGAAGCUGAUGGAACCAAGCGAGUGGUUGAGUACUCGUCCGACAAGCACAACGGCUUCCAGGCUCACGUCAAGCGAGUGGGCCAUGCUGACCAUCCGGCCGUCUAUGGACACCACGAGGCUGGACACUCGUACAGUCAUGGACACGGCCAUGGGCAUGCCAGAAGCUACGCCAACAGUAACGUGCAUCAGUAUCAUCAUUAA